AUGCCCACGGUGAUCGCGGUGGAAGUCGACAGCGACUGGGCGCCCGAGCCUGGUCGGAGGCCCGUGGGCGGAGGAUUCCCAUUCACUGGCUCGCACCUACUCGACGGCUGGAGCGGCCAACAGGGCAACCGCGCGCUGAGCACCGCGGAGGCGGAGUUCACAAGGAUCGUGAACGGCUCGGCGAGGGGCGUCUGGUUGAGGAACGUGAGGCUGGAGAUGGGGCCCGAGAUGACCGUGCAAGUGCGCCACCUGAAGACGAAGUACCUCUGGGCGCAGGAAAAGGUCAGGGACAAGACGAUCUCGAUGGCGAAGGUCCACACGGACAAGAACAGGGCCGACAUGCAGACCAAGCCGCUCGAGGGACCGAGAUUUCUGAAGCAGCUGGAGAUGCUUCCACUUCGGGCGCCGCCCUCAGGGCGCACGCAGGUGUUCGGAGCGAUGUUGGCGGCAACAAUACUGGGCGGAGUUCAAGGAACAGAGAUGGUCCCAACGAGUCAGGCGGCGAUGGAAAUGAGCAGCCCGACUGCGAUGGAGCAGGUCUGGGCGACGGCUAUCACGGUGAUAUUCGGAUCGACGCUGGCGGUCGCGUUACUGUCCGCAUGGAUUGGCUACCGUGUGUGCAAGGCGCCGAUGCGGCUCCUGAAGGGCCCCUGGAAGCUGGUGAGAGACGACGACGACCAGAUCGCUCAAGUGGAGGCCCCACCGAGAGAGGAGCAUCUGGCGAUCGUGGAGAGCGGCAUCAGCAGGCACACGCAGACGACGCCGAUCAAGCACUACUGGACGUGGAGUGCGGCGGGGCUGCGCGCGGAGUGCCUGCGCUCGGGCACCUACCGAGGACAGCUGAAGGCGCAGAUGAUCGAG